AUGACCCAUGCAGAAAAUGCUGUGGUUGACUACUUCCCUUUGACGGAAGAAUGCCAUCACUACACUCGUCGAAGUGACGUUGAUUGGGAUAUCCAGAAGUACUGGGCUCAGCGGUACAGCAUAUUUUCGCUCUACGAUGAGGGCAUACACAUGACUGAUGAUGCGUGGUUUGGUGUAACUCCCGAGCCAGUUGCGAAUAAAGUAGCUGAGGAUCUUGCUGCUUUGACAUCUAAAUCGAAAACAGUUCUUAUCGACAUGUUUGCUGGUGCUGGCGGCAAUGUCAUAGCCUUUGCCCUAUCUAAGCGUUGGUCAACGAUUAUUGCCAUUGAGAAAGAUCCCUCAGUCAUCGCAUGCGCACAGCACAACGCCAAUAUCUACGGAGUCUACGAACAAAUUACCUGGAUCAAGGAUGAUUCUUUCUCUUACCUCGAGUCCAACUCGUCCACAAUUGAUCCUUCCAAGACCGUGAUCUUCGCUUCUCCUCCUUGGGGCGGACCAGGCUACACAACAGACAAAAUCUUCAAUCUGAACACCAUGUCACCAUAUUCCAUCAAGCAGAUCCAGAAUGCCUGUAAAGGAAUGGACUCAGCGCUCUAUCUCCCAAGAACCAGCGACCUUCGACAGAUCGCCAAAUUAGCACCAGGAGAAGAGAAGAUUGAGGUGGUACAGUACUGUAUGGAAGGCGCAAGCAAAGCCCUUGUUGCUUAUAUUCCAGCCGUUGUAGCGGCAACUUCAUGA